AUGGCAACCUCGAAAUAUUUUGAAAAAUGUUUUAUUACUGUUGGCACCACACGAUUUGAUUUACUUUGCAGUGAAAUCGUAUCGUCUCCUGUUCUCCAAGCCUUAAAGAGAUCAGGUUGCAAGGAUAUUACUUUUCAAAUUGGAAAUAGUAAAAUGGAUACGGGAGAUUACGAACUAGACGGAAUGAAACUACAUUGUUACAGGUUUAAAGAUACUAUAGAAAAUGAUAUAAGAAAUUCCGAUUUCGUCAUUAGUCAUGCUGGUGCUGGCAGUGUUUUGGAAGUUUUAAAUGCAAGUAAACCACUCUUGGUAGUCGUAAACGAAGAUCUUAUGGAUAAUCAUCAACUAGAAUUAGCAGAACAAAUGCAAGUGGAUGGUCAUUUAUUCUAUUGCACUUGCGAUACAUUAGUUUGUACUUUAGACCAAAUGGAUUUCAGUUUAUUAAAACCAUUAGAAAAAGCUAAUCCUACAUACUUUUUUCAAUCACUGAAUAGACUUUUAAAGAUACAAGAUUAA